AUGGUUUCAGAUUCCAUCCCGACUGAUCUCGUCCUCGAGAUAUUAUUGAGAUUGCCUGCAAAGUCAAUCGCUAGGUUUCAUUGCGUGUCGAAGCAAUGGGCAUCAAUGCUUUCUCGUCCAUAUUUCACAGAGUUGUUCCUGACCAGAUCCUCUGCUCAGCCGCGUCUCAUAUUCGCCAUUGAAAAAGAUGGUCUGUGGAGCAUCUUCUCGUUGCCUCACCAUCAAAGUUUAUGUGAGAAGUCUGUAUUGUCUUCUCUUGUAGUAACAGCCGAAUUUCAUAUGAAGUUCCCUCAAGACGAUAAGCGGAUCUGUUCUCGUGAUGACCGAACAUUUUCUUGUGGCUAUGCCGGUGGUUUGAUAUAUUUCUAUGGUAUGUGGACCAGAGAUAAAGAUUAUUACAGAGAAGUGCCUGUGAUGUUUAACCCUAAAACCGGAAGGUAUGCAGCCUUACCAUAUCUGUAUAGGUACAGAAAGACGUAUAGUUUUCUAGGAUUUGAUCCCAUUGAGAAGAAAUACAAGGUAUUGUUCAUGUCUUGCCCGUAUUGUCGUGAUCACAAUAAAAUUCUGACACUAGGAACUGGAGAAAUGAGUUGGAGAAGGAUAAAAAAAUGUGCCGUAAGACAUGAGAAUGUGAGUGAAGGGAUAUGCAUCAAUGGGGUUGUGUAUUACUUAGGUGACACGUCUGAGGAGUUACUUGAAUUUGUGAUAGUUUGCUUUGAUGUUAGGUCUGAGAAAUUCGACUUUAUUUACCCAGAAGGCUAUUGUGAAUUGAUUAACUAUAUGGGAAAGUUAGGUUUGGUUUAUUAUGAUGACUACGCUGAUGACGUUGUUGAGUUGCGUUUGUGGGUUCUAGAAGAUGUCGAGAAACAGGAAUGGUCAAAAUAUGACUACACUUUGAGGGAUGAUAAGUUCUUGGAUCAUUACGUGUCCAUCGUUGCGGUGACUGCUACGGGUGAAAUCGUUUUGUCGAUGGCUGAUUAUAAAUCUAAACAACCGUUUUGUGUUUUCUACUUCAAUCCCGAAAGGAACAUUCUUCAGCGUGUUGAAAUCCAAGGUUUUGGAGAUUACCAUGAUGCAGUCGACAAUCCUAGUAGAGUACACGUCUUUGUAGACGACGUCUUUUUAAAGGAUUGUAGUAGACUCUACGCCUAUGCAGACAAUAUAGAAGAUCUUAAUGUUAAUGAUUCAAAGCUACUCAAGUCAAAACUCUAUGAAUCUAUUUAUCCGAAGAUAGAAGAAUACGAAGAAUCAGAAUCAUCAGACGAAGAAUACAAUUCUGAUGGAGAUAGGGUUCCUAAAAACAGGUUCAGCAGUUUUGGUUACUCUUUUUCUGUUGGAGAAUCACUUCCUUUAGAUGGAGAGCCAGUUGAUUCAGAUGGGGCUGACAGUGACAGCGAGUCUGGAUUGUUGCAUGAAAGUCAGAGACCGGUUCAGCCAUCCAUCAAAGCUAAAGGUAUACAAGAGUCGUCUAAUGUUCGUGGCCGUGGAAAUCGUGGACGUGGAAACAGUGGCCGUGGAAAUCGUGGCCGGGGUAACCGUGGACGUGGCUAGUUGUCCUCCAUGAUGAACUAAGAAGAAUACCCAACAUCAUCAAUUAAUAAUAUUCUCUACGAGUUAAUGAAUAUAAAACUGUGGUUGUAGAGUUUGCUGUGUCUUGUGAUGAGAAACAAUUAUGCAACAUCGAUUUGUUUGAUGAAAAACGAUUAAUAUGAACUUCUUUUUUUC